CAUCAGCGAUUACUGCUGCAGCAUGUACACGUCACUGGUAGCCGUGAUCGCGUUGGCUAGCUGCGUGGCUGCCGCCCCAGCGGAGGAUGUGGUACCCAUCGUUAGCCAAAGCCAAGAGGGUCCAAACCCGGACGGUUCGUACAAAUGGAGCUACGAGGCCGGGAACGGGAUCAAGGCGCAAGAGGAAGGCAAAGUGGAGAACGCAGGCUCGGAGAACGAGGCGAUGAACGCGCAGGGAAGCUUUAGCUACCCGAGCGACGACGGACAACAGAUUUCACUCACGUACGUCGCGAAUGCUGACGGUUUCCAGCCCCAGGGUGCCCAUUUACCGACCACGCCAGAGAUCCCACCGUUGAUCAAGAAGGCGCUCGAAUGGAUAGCGGCGAAUCCAUCCAAGGAGGAUCAGAAUCAGGUGUAAACGACAGGACGGCCAGUCGUCAGUGAUCUCACCGAAUCUUUCUUUUCGUAACUCUGUUCUGCCCACGAAUCACGAUGAGUCUGCUCCGUCGUCGCUUCUCGUCGUGUCCCUCCCUUCGACCGGCUCUAACGAUACCACGUGCACACUCUGGUUCAAUCUGUUGUAAAUAUUUAUUGUAUACUUACGGAGAUAUAUAUGUAUACGUUUCUAUAUAUAUAUAUAUAUGUUGUAUCAAUGUAUCGUAUAUUAUUUUAUGUGUAUUAUGUAUUAAGUCGCCCAUGCAGACGCGAGCAUGUACCUACUCUGCGGGCAACGACGUUAUAGGUAAUCGUUGUUGAAUAUAUGUCACCGGUGCAUACGCAAUAAACGUUGCAAUUCAAGA